AUGAGUCCGGUAAAUAGUCUGUGGUUCAAGUGGAAGAGCCUUCGAUUACCGUGGCGAAAAUCCUUCCUCGUCGGAACGGAUCUCUCCGGAAACACAUUCUGGGAAUUUAAAGAUGCUUUGAAUGCUGCGCGAUACCGACGGAUUGUCAAGUUCAAUCCUAAAACCCAUUAUGCGGAUGUCCAAGUGAGCCCACAAUGGCACCAAUGGCUCCGCUACGUCCGAGCCGAACCCCCCUCCGUCCAAGAACAACAACAAGACGUCCUCCGCCAGAUUCAAAUUAAGCAACUGGCCCGACUAGCCGAUGAGCGCUGGGCCAGCAAGCCCUCCUACCUCGACAUGCCACAGACCAAACAACCAGAACCAGUAACCCAAGCAACAGAUGCGACCAUGAAUACAUCCACGGAGGGCAACAACACACAUGGAAAUACUGCCCCUACACCCGAACCCAAAGAAACGGACCAUGUCGAGACACCAGCCGCUAAAAAGGACCCCUGGUCUGCAGCCCGAGGGGCCCCUAGCCAGGACUGGCAGCCGCAAUCCUGGACACCGAAGCCGUCUCAGAGAUGA